CGGCCCAGAGCGUGUUUCAGGCGUGGAGGCCUCAGAGGAGACCCUGGGAGCCGGGCGGGGCUGUGGGCCGGAGCCAUGAGCCGUUAUCAGAGGUUGGUGAGCGCUUCCCUUCAGUGCCAAAGGUUCCACACUGCUGCAGGAUAUCUAAAGAGCAAAACCGGGGCAGAGCAUCGCUGGCUGGAGCGGCAUCUUAAGGAUCCAUUUGUGCGGGCAACAAAACAGCAUAAUUAUCGUUGCCGGAGUGCUUUCAAACUGCUGGAGAUGGAUGACAAACAUAAGAUUCUUCGUCCAGGGCUCUCUGUGAUAGACUGCGGGGCAGCUCCUGGAGCUUGGAGUCAGGUUGCUGUACAGCGAGUCAAUGCUUUGGGCUCUGAUCCUAAUGCCCCUGUUGGUUUUGUCCUUGGAGUUGACCUUCUUCAUAUUUCCGCUCUGGAAGGAGCAGUCUUCCUUUCCAAUGCUGAUAUUACAGAUCCAGUCACGCUUAAGAAGAUCCAGGAGCUCCUUCCUACAGAGAGGGCAGAUGUUAUCUUGAGCGACAUGGCACCUAAUGCCACAGGGAUCCGAGAGUUAGAUCAUCAGAAGUUGAUUAACUUGUGCUUGACCCUUUUGGAUCUGUCCCAAAGCAUCUUGCGGCCAAGAGGAACUAUCCUCUGUAAAUUCUGGGAUGGACGGGAAGCCCAUCUUCUCCAAAACAGACUAAUGGAGCGCUUCCAGGACGUGAGAACUAUAAAGCCUCAGUCCAGCCGGAAGGAGUCAGCAGAGAUCUAUUACUUGGCAAAACUGUACAAUGAUGGAGUGAAACAUCAGAAACACUGAUUGUGUCUGCCUUUAUUGUCAGUCACUGACUGGAUACUUUGAUUUGAAGUGUAUUUAAAAAAAAAUCCCAGCAUUGAGACUCUGAAAUUGAAUUGCUUUAUGGUUAAGCCUAAUUUGGUGAAAUCUGUCAUUUAUAUAACAUCAUAGAUGUGCAUCAUGCUUUACAGGUACAAAAUAAAACAAGGUUGUUGUCCCACUGAGUUUAUAAUCUAACUAGGCAAGUAAGAACAUCCAGUCUAACUCCACCUCUGGGAAGAAAGCUCUUGGAAAUGAUAUAAAAGCUGGCUGUAGGGGAUGGAAACAAAAAUAAAAGUUAUUGAUUUGUUUA